CCCCCACAUCUCAGUCGAGUACAGUGACUCCGAGGAGACACUUGCCGGUUGCAUUUAUUUGGCAGACUGUCCACAGAUUCGCGCAUAGUCUUUUGUUCUUAUUUCCGGUCGUUUUGUUUUAUUUUCUGUGUAAAAAUCUCCUUCGGUUAAAGUAAGCCUUGGAAUCAGUGUAGGUGCAUAUUAGCUGCAUCAAGGUAACCGAAGGCAACCGUCGUCAUCGAUACGAAAUCCGUAGGAUUCGCACAUUGCACCUUCGAACGUUCAUUCGGUUUGACUCGUACGCUCGUUCGCUGAUAACACACAGCCUCAGCCCGGAGAUGACGCGUGGCGUGCUACGCCUCUGCACCUAUGGAGGCGAUGCUAUUUUGCACAUCUCUAAGCCGACGCAUCCGUUGCGGUUGUUUUCAGGUAGCGUAAAGUUGCUGCAAAAGGAUGGAAAACCGGCAACAGCUGCAACGGGAAUUCCGUACAAAAAUAUCGUUAUCGGUGUUCCCAAGGAAAGAUGGGUCAACGAAAGACGUGUUGCCGUAACUCCAGCGGUAACGGCCACCUUGGUCAAGAAGGGCUUCAAGGUGAACGUGGAAUCUGGUGCUGGAUUUGACGCCAAAUUCCGGGAUGCCGACUACACCUCUGCUGGAGCCAAUAUUGUCGACAAGUCGCAAGCAUUCCAAUCCGAUAUUGUGCUUAAGGUCAGACAGCCAAUGGACAACGAAAUUCCCGCCUUGAAGGAAAAUUCAACUUUAAUUUCAUUCCUUUAUCCAACGCAAAACAAGGAUCUGAUAGAUAAGCUAUCUCAGAAGAAACUUAAUGCAUUUGCUAUGGAUGCCAUUCCGCGAAUUUCUCGCGCUCAGGUCUUCGAUGCGCUGUCAUCGAUGGCCAACAUUUCCGGCUAUCGAGCGGUUAUUGAAGCAGCCAAUCAUUUCCCGCGAUUCUUCACGGGUCAGAUCACCGCCGCCGGCAAAGUUCCACCGGCGAAGAUCCUUGUCAUCGGAGGUGGUGUCGCUGGGUUGGCCGCCAUUGGCCAGGCCCGCGGUAUGGGAGCCAUCGUGAGGGCUUUCGAUACACGUCCGGUUGUGAAGGAACAGGUCGAAAGUAUGGGAGCCGAGUUCCUGACGAUCAACAUUGAGGAGGAUGGUUCCACGGCCGGGGGUUACAGUAAGGAAAUGAGUAAGGAGUUCAUUGAGGCUGAAAUGGCACUGUUCGCCAAGCAGUGCAAGGAAGUUGACGUGAUCAUCACAACCGCAUUGAUUCCCGGAAGAAAGGCUCCAAUUCUUAUCACCGAAGAGAUGGUCAAGUCGAUGAAGCCUGGUAGCGUCAUUGUGGAUUUGGCAGCUGAAGCAGGAGGCAACGUUGCGACAACCGUUCCCGGAAAGGUUGAAGUCGUUCACGAUGUGGUCCACGUUGGUUUGACCGACUUCCCAAGUCGGCUACCAACGCAAAGCUCAACUCUGUACGCGAAUAAUAUUUCAAAGUUCUUGCUGUCGAUGGGCGAGAAGGACCACUUCAACAUCAACCUAGAGGAUGAGGUUGUACGAGGAAGUAUUGUGCUGCAGGAUGGAAACUUGAUGUGGCCACCACCGGUUAUUUCCGUGUCAGCUAAACCACCACCGGCGGUAGCUGCCGUAGCAACGCCUGCAACUAAAGUCGAAAUUCAACCACCAAAUGCGUUCAACGAAACCUUGAAGAGCAGUUUGAUGUACUCCACCGGAUUGGGAAGUUUGCUUGGCUUGGGUGCCAUCUCGCCCAAUCCAGCUUUCACUACCAUGAUGACAACUUUCGCCAUGUCUGGAAUUGUCGGCUAUCACACCGUGUGGGGAGUGACUCCGGCUCUGCAUUCGCCUCUCAUGUCGGUUACGAACGCAAUCUCUGGUAUCACGGCUGUAGGUGGACUGCUGAUGAUGGGUGGUGGUGUAACCCCAACGAAUACGAUUGAAACUCUAGCUGCCAGCGCUGCCCUGAUCUCCUUCAUUAACAUCUUCGGUGGUUUCCUGGUCACUCAGCGUAUGUUAGACAUGUUCAAGAGGCCCACUGACCCACCGGAGCACAACUACCUGUACGGUAUCCCUGCUGCUCUAUUCUUGGGAGGUUACGGUCUAGCUGCCCUACAACAAAUGCCCGAAAUCCAUCAAAUGGCCUAUCUUGCCUCUAGCUUGUGCUGUAUUGGAGCUUUGGUUGGUCUGUCAUCGCAAAAGACCUCCCGCUUGGGAAAUUCGCUUGGAAUGAUCGGUGUUACCGGAGGUAUUGCCGCAACCCUGGGUUUCAUGGCUCCCAGCACUGAAGUUCUGAUGCAAAUGGGAGGAGUUGCCGGUAUUGGUGGCCUGAUUGGAUCAGUUAUCGCCAAGAGAAUUCAGAUUACAGAUCUACCUCAACUUGUUGCGGCCUUCCAUAGCUUGGUGGGUGCUGCAGCAGUGCUAACCUGUGUGGCGACUUACAUGCAUGACUUCCCUACUUUGGCAACUGAUCCUGCUGCCAAUGUUCUGAAGACUGCUCUGUUCUUGGGAACGUACAUCGGUGGUGUCACUUUCAGUGGAUCUCUUGUAGCGUACGGAAAACUGCAAGGUAUCCUGAAUUCUGCUCCACUGUUGCUGCCUGGUCGACAUAUGAUCAACGCUGGUCUGUUGGCCGGAAACCUGGGAGCUAUGGCCAUGUUCUACAUGGAACCAACUAUGGCCGGUGGAUUGGGACUUUUGGGAACCACUGCUGCGUUAUCCACGGCUAUGGGUGUCACGUUGACAGCUGCUAUCGGCGGCGCUGACAUGCCUGUAGUUAUCACCGUGUUGAACUCGUAUUCCGGCUGGGCGCUGUGCGCUGAAGGCUUCAUGUUGAACAAUAAUCUCAUGACCAUUGUCGGAGCGCUGAUUGGAUCGUCCGGUGCUAUCCUGUCUUACAUCAUGUGCAAGGCAAUGAACCGAUCCCUGGCGAACGUUAUCCUAGGAGGGUACGGAACAUCCUCAACUGGAGGAGGUAAACCUGCUGAAAUCGUUGGAACCCAUACAGAAGUGAACGUGGAAGGAGUUGUCGACAUGAUCAAAAACUCCAAGAACAUCAUCAUUACUCCGGGUUACGGUCUGUGCGUUGCGAAGGCUCAAUAUCCGAUCGCCGAAAUGGUCAAUAUUCUAAAGUCGCAUGGCAAGAAGGUUCGCUUUGGUAUCCACCCAGUUGCCGGAAGAAUGCCUGGACAGCUGAAUGUGCUGUUGGCGGAGGCUGGCGUUCCAUAUGACGAUGUCCUGGAGAUGGAGGAAAUCAACGACGACUUCACGGAAACUGACUUGGUUUUGGUCAUUGGUGCCAACGAUACUGUUAACAGCGCUGCGGAAGAUGAUCCCAACUCGAUUAUUGCUGGAAUGCCAGUCCUGCGUGUGUGGAAGGCCGAUCAGGUCGUUGUGAUGAAGCGCUCGCUUGGUGUCGGAUACGCUGCCGUUGACAACCCAAUCUUCUACAAACCAAACACGUCCAUGCUGCUGGGUGAUGCCAAGAAGACUUGCGAUGCCCUGCUGGCCAAGAUCAAGGAAGCCUGACUGUGAAUGUGCUGCGUGUGAUAGGGUAAAUCGUGUCUAUUUGAAUGUGUUAUCCGUGCCAUUGAAUGAUGCUUUGAAACUAGGUGAAAUGUGUAAAUAAAUGUGAUUCGAAUGGAGAUGAUGUCGAAAUAA